AUGCGUAGGUGCGACUGCUCGAACUGCUGUCCAGAGGAGGCAGAGGAUCUUUGGCUUCUUCAGCCUCACAUAACGAAUGAAAACUAUGACGAAGUCCUUGCAAUGAACCUCACCGAGCUCACAAAGAUGCUAGCCGAAGUUCCUCCGGUUCCAAAUGGUCAAGGAAGUGUUACUUCAUGGGUGCCAAAGCGUGUUGAGAAGAACGAUCCAAUUCUAACUCAUCCACCUGCUUUAAAAUUAGUGGACCUACAGAAAGCCUUGUCGGGUCUAUUUUAUCAAACGUUCACCGAUACUUGUGAUAUAACACCCGAUGAUAUCUUUCCUUCAUCUUUGGCUUGGAAGAUCGCUAAGAACAUUGGGUCUUUAGAUGAACCAAAGUUCUUUGAGCAAAUUUUAAGUUCUGAAGUCAUCAAAAAUCAGUACCAAGUUUUACUCGACAGCAUCAAGAUUCAUCAGGCAAACUCUUUACCUCGCGACUCUCAAGAAGGUGAUCUCAGCGUCAAAGUCAAAAAAACUCGGCGCUCUAAACCCAAGCGAUGGGUCCCUCAAUCAGUUGAAGGCGCGAGAUUGGAGAAAGAACGAGCGGCAGCGAAGAAGGUUGAAAAGGCCGCCAUCAAAGCGCAGAAAGAGCAUGACAAGGAUGCCUCUCAAGCUAACCGCUCCAACAAACGCACACGAGGUAACAAAUCCAAUGGCAAAAAAGAUGAAAAGGUGACCAAAAAGAAAAGAGCUAACCCCUCCAAAACUGGAUUAGAGCACAACCUCAACUCUCAAGGUGAUAGCUCUUCCCUUGGCCAGACUGUUACUCCUCAGAUUCAUCAUCAUCCUCCUCCCCAUCUUCACCGUCCUCUUCAUCACCUGCCAACACCAAGUUUGGACCGCCCCAUCGAAAUCGAGAACCUUGACCCACGGCUUUUUCAGCACGAGUGA